GUGCAGAUACAUACCUAGGUAAAUAUUGACGUUUACGCAUGACUCGCUUGCGAGGUCAUCUACUUACCCAUGUACUCCGUAAAGAGUCAUGUUUUACUUUUAAUACUUCGCAGAUUUCAGCCGCACCCUUUAAUUGGGUCUCUUAUUGGCUAGCUGCCUAGUAAGUACCUAGGUAGGCAGCUAGCUACUCUACUAUAAUAGUCCGUCUAAGACUAGCCUAGGCUUUCAGCGCCUGCCAAGGUACCUUGAUCAGGGGCAAAGGCCGUGCGGUGCGGCAGCGAAAUCGCGUAAAAGUACAUAAUGCCAUUUCUCCUGUUCUCUGUUUAAUUUUUUCUGAUCUUCUCCCUAACGCGCAUCUUUCCUUUCGUGGUUGCUUUGAAUAAAGGCUACCGUCCGUUCGUUCCUCCUGCAUUCCGCUCAUUAGUUGAUCCCUCCUGUUUUUGGAGUCUGAUACAUCGUCACACUCGUCCUCGGAGCUUUAAUCUCACAUCUUGGCAUCCUCUACAACCGUUCCUGUGGUUCAACCCGUGUAACCAUGCUCGCCGACAGUUUGAAAGCAUCCACGGUCGUCCUGGCCGCUCUCCUCGCAGGGCAGGCCGUAGCCAAGACCGAUCUAGCGGGCUGCGUCUCGUCUAAGACCAUCGCAUAUGGCGGCGCUAGCCUCAUCUGGUACGUCCCGGAUACCGGAGAGAUAUGCGCUUUUCUCGACUGCGGCGGCGGCCGUGCGCCACCUAAGACCACUGUCCCAGGUUGUGCGGCCUACUCGGGUACCGCAACCUACUCGCCCAGUUACCUGCCGAAUUUCGGUGCCACCGCUACUGCAUCAGCUAUCGCUUCCGCAACCGCCUCCGCAACAGCUAGUUCAACCGCUACCUCUGUAGCAGGGUCUUCUUCGGCGACCACAUCUGCACCCUCUUCUGAUGCGACGAGUUCCUCGUCGUCAGUUGACACUAUUACCGCGGCACCGACUGCUUCUUCGGCGGAAACGAGCAUUACCGGUAGCGCCAGCUCGAAUAGCGAAUCUUCCUCAGCUGGAAGCUCCCAGGAAGCUGCGUCUACUAGUGUGUCACAGGGUGCGGCGGCCAUGCCGACGGCUGUUGUAAAGGGCGCCAUGGGUGUGGUAGCUGGUCUUGUAGCGGGCGUAGCACUGCUGUGAGUGAUGAGUCUUGAUGGUCGGUAAUUGUUGAAUUCCGUAAGCAUAGCCAGGAAUAUUGUCAAGUAUUGUUGUUAUCUAGGUAGUCAUUAAUAAAGAUAAUCACAAUCAAGUUCUAUUAACAAAA